CGCUGACUCCGUGUGGGCAACAGCGCACAGGCCUCCCUCUCGUCGCAGCCACCUUUUCUGCGCAGAGCUCAAUGCCGCCCUCGGGAAAGCCAAACCUCUUCAGCGCCACGGCCACCCGCCAGCGGGUCCAGCGGCCUCUUCCAGCCCGGACAGGCCGAGCUCCGGCAGCCAGGAGUGCUCAGUCCCGGUCGGAGCACCCCUCUCCGGGCCGCCAGUGCCUUCCGCUUCCGCCUCCAUCCGCACCUGCACGACACGAACCCCUCGGCAGCGCACAGCGCCAGCGUGGGCCGCGGCCAUCGAGGAACCUCUCCGCCCUCUAAGAAGGGAGACUGCUGAAGACGGAGCAGCUCGUGUCUAGGGACAAGCGGCCAGGAAGGGGCAGGGAGCGCGGCCUCGGCCGAGUAACGGGGGAGCCGGAGCGGGCGGCGCGGACACGUGCCAGGAACCGCGGCCCAGCGGAGCGACACGCUCGGGCAGCCACAGCGCGGCCUGGAGAGGGCAGGGAGGAGCAAUCCAUCCCGGACGUCGACAGCCAGCAGCAUCCGGCCGGAAGCUGGAGUCGGGCAGGCCUGAGCAAUCGAUGACGGAGAGCGCGAAGGGAGCGGCUAGCGGGACGGACCCGAGCAACCCGCGGCAGAGGCGGCGGCAGGGCAGACGGGACUAAUCCAAGGCAGAGCGAUCGAUCGCGAGGGGACGGGGCGCGGUUAACCCCCGCGGUGCCACGAUCGCGCCCGGCCGCAUCCCGCCGCCAUGCCCUCCUGCCCUCUGCCGCGCCGCCUGGUGCACCUGGACCUCAAGGGCGCGCCGCCCCGGCCGCAGUACUUGGCCGAGGUGCUGCCCCUGUUCCGCGCGCUCGGCGCCAGCGGCCUCCUGGUGGAGUACGAGGACACGUUCCCCUACGACGGGGAGCUGCGGCCGCUGCGGGCGGAGCAGGCCUACAGCCUUUCAGAAAUUAAAGAGAUAUUAAACCUGGCAAAAUUGCACAAAUUAGAAGUUAUUCCUCUGGUGCAGACGUUUGGACACAUGGAAUUUGUGCUAAAGCACAAAGAAUUUUCCCACCUGCGGGAGGUGAAGGCAUUUCCAAAUGCUCUUAAUCCACACAAAGAGGAAUCCCGGAUGCUGGUUAGAAAAAUGAUUGACCAGGUGGUGGCACUGCAUGAUGGCUUACAAUGGUUUCACAUAGGCUGUGAUGAGGUCUACUACCUUGGUGAUGGGGAGGAAUCAAAGCAGUGGUUGCAGCAACAGGAUAAUAACCCAGAGAAGUUGUUCCUGUCCCACGUAAAAGCUGUGGCAGGUUUCAUUGCAUCAUCUUAUCCCACAAUGAAGCCCAUAGUAUGGGAUGACAUGCUCAGAGGGAUAAAUGAUGAAACAUUGACAGAAUCCGGGGUACCAGAGCUCGUGGAGCCAAUGAUUUGGGACUAUGCAGAAGAUAUCGAUGUAGACAGCAAAGUGCUUCUCAUAGAAAAGUAUCACAAGUGCAACUUUCCCAAGCUGUGGUUUGCUAGUGCUUUUAAAGGAGCAACCGGGGCAAAUCAGUCUCUGACCCAUAUUGGACAUCACCUAAAAAACCAUCUCCAGUGGCUGAAAGUGGCACACAGUGGCCAUGCAGAUAUGCUCCAGGGCAUUGCUCUGACUGGCUGGCAAAGGUAUGACCACUUCUCUGUUUUGUGUGAGCUGCUCCCAGUGGGAAUCCCAUCGCUGGCUGUAUGUCUGCAGGCACUAGAGAAUGAUGGCUAUUCUGAAAUGGUUAAAGAAAAUGUGGAAAAAUACCUGGGGAUUUCCAAUCUGGAAACUGACACUUUCAUGAGUGCAAGUCAGGGGACCUUUCCAGGAAGUGACAUCUUCACCCUUGUGACUCAAGUUGGCUUCUACCUGAAGCCCUCAGUGGAUGAACUUCUUGAACAAAACAGGUAUGUCACAGGCUGGUUCAGCCCCUAUCACAGAGAGAGGAAGAUUGUUCAUCCUAUAAUUAUACAUCACUUUCAGCCAGAUGUACUAAGUCUUCACUCCAAGUGGAAUGCCGUGGCACAAGACCUUCAAGUAGCCAUGGAGAGAGUUUUCUACUUGUGUACUAUAGAGGAGUGGAUGGAGGAGAAUGUCCAUCCCAGCCUACAAAAACUUCAGCAAGUGAUGAAUGACUUGGAUGCAGCAAUACAAGCACUAUCAUAGCUGCUCUCUAACUGCAGACUGACUCAUCUGAGACCCUGCUGGGUGCAAAUUUAUGAGUAAUCACAUAACCAGGGCUAAAUCACCCCUAGAAUAGAGCAGGCAACUCUGCUGAAAACAGCUGUAGACACUAGCAAGGGAUUUAUGCUAGCAUGAGAGAGUAUGAGGAUUCAGGGUUUUGUUUUCACUUCUAACAAAUGAUUAGCUGACUUCAGCAGCUGAAAAUACACCAAACUUCAGUAGUGGACUAGACUUACUCCACUGUAUAACAGGGAAGACAAGAAUGGGGCCAAGCUCAGUUGUGUUCAUUAGAUUAGAAAGGUUGAGGAUAUGGAUUUAUCCAGAUUCAAAUCAAUAGUGAUAUUCUUUCAUGAGGUAAAGGCAAGUAGAAAUGGUAACAUGACAAACUCCGCUUGCUGAUUAGCUUGGUAACUUCUCUCUCCCAGUACUGACACUGAAAUCAGGUCAAACUCAAAUGUUCCAAGUGUGCUCAUUUUACAAUAAAUAUUUGAAACACCUUUAAA